AUGUACAAUGAGGGCAUCAUGAUACAACCGCAAAAAGCAAUCCCAGUGAUGCAAACACCCCCUCUUGUUGAGCAACCUAUCAUUGUGUUACUGAACGAUAAAGCUAAAAGCUGCAUUGUUAUUGUUUUGGGUUACACUUCUAAUUUAGGAUACUGUAGCCACGCGUCAUCCCUAAUGGCAGCUACCACAGGUCCAAGCAGUUUGUGGUCCAAUCACACAGAGCCUUUCUUACUCCAAGCUGAUGCUGGCCAAACCAAGUAUAUCCGUGCCUUGCACACUCUUUUCACCUCAUCACCUCAUCACCUCAUCAUCUUAAUACGAAGUCCAGGUACAGACGGUCUUUCAAGUAAUUCGAGAAUCAGCAUCUUGAUACGAAGUGCCGAAAAAAAAGUACGAGCAGUGCCGGUACAAGGUACACAAAGGAGGUCGACGCGGAUGGUCCGUACUCUGUACGACAGGAAAAAUACGAGUACCUACUCCGCAAAUGCCAUAAUCCAGAUUCCGUAUUACAGCUCACCUUGA